AUGACUGAGGAAAAGCAGAAACACUCCGUCGACGGUGUCGGUGAUGUCGCAGAUUUUUUGAAGCAGCAUUCAACGAAGUCAGUCGUCGACACCAAUUCCAUUGGUAUCGAUAGCGAUGAAGCCUCGAUAUUGGUUGGGGAGACCAUCGCGAGGGCAGAAGACGUGGCCAUAAAGGUCAUCUCAACUCAAGACGAUCCUUCGCUGCCAGUCUUAACAUUCCGCGCUCUGUUUCUGGGCGCAGGGCUUAGUGCCUUCUCGUCGGUAUUAGGCACUAUCUACACCUUCAAACCGCAGAAUGCGACAGUUUCUCAGUUGUUUUGCCUCAUCAUCGCAUAUGUCCUUGGGACUGCUAUGGCUUCUAUAAUCCCUCGCGCUGGGUACUUUCGGUGGCUAAACCCAGGCCCUUUUAACGUGAAGGAGCAUGCGUUUAUCGUAAUAAUGUCGUCCACCGCAUCAAGUGUUGCAAUCGGAAUGGAAAUAAUUGCAGCUUUAGACCUGUUCUACGACCUUCGGCUCAAUGCAGCUGUCGCCCUCUUCCAGAUAUUUGCUACCCAAAUGCUCGGCUAUGGCAUUGCUGGCAUGCUCCGCAGCUUCUUGGUAUAUCCAACAUAUGCAUUCUACCCGACAUACAUUUCUGUUGUCAGCCUACUCCAGAGCCUGCACUUCCGUAGUUCUCUGAACGAAAAACGACGCAAAUUCUUUUGGAUCGUCUUCGCAGGCAUCUUCUGCUGGGAGUGGGUUCCUCAAUACCCUUUCCCUUUAUUGACUGCAAUCUCUGUCAUUUGCCUCGCCGAUAAUGGUCGCCACGAGUUUGUACGUAAUCUGUUUGGCGCAGGAUCCAGCAACGAAGGGAUUGGGUUGUUUUCGUUCAGUACUUCGUGGACACUGAUUACGCAAGGCAACCCACUUGUGUGGCCUCUUCAGACACAGGUCAACUCUUAUAUCGGAUUGGCCCUCGGGUAUCUUAUCCUUACUGCAUGCUACUACUCUAACGUCUUCAACGGACGCGACCUUGCAUUUAUGUCGACAUCUCUUUUCGGUGGAGACGGCCAAAUCUACAACCAAUCCGCCGUCAUUGGUUCGGACUACAAACUCAACCGCGCCGCCUUGGAGGUUAUUGGCCUUCCGCGAUACACCACAACCUACGCUAUCUCGCAACUGUGCUACAACGUCUCACUUGGCUCUGCGGUUACGUAUAUACUACUUUGGCAUUGGAAAGAAUUGCCUUUCGGUGGCAUGCGUUUCUUGCGUCAAUCUCACGACGAAAUCGACGAUCCUCACUAUCAAGUAAGAUAUGUAGCUGAGGUUCCGCAAUGGGUAUAUGGGUCUCUGUUUCUGCUUUCGUUGGGCGUUGGCAUUGGCUGCAGCUACGCCAGUGGAACUGUGCUUAUGCCCGCAUGGAGCAUCUUGAUAUUCACAGUCUUCAGCAUACUCAUGGCAAUCAUAUUGGGCUUCAUCAGCGCUACGACCGGCUUUAGUAUCUCCGUCAAAUACGUUGUUCAAAUUAUGGCUGCGUUUAUUCAUCCUGGCCAACCGAUCCCUGUCAUGUAUUCCAACCUCUUUGGCAAUAGCACUUCGUUCCAAACUCUGUACAUGCUCCAAGACCUGAAGCUGGGACAAUAUAUCAAAUUACCCCCACGUAUGACCUUCGUGGCGCAGAUAGCUGGAUCCAUCGUGGGGUCCAUAUUCAACUACACAAUGAUGAAGGUGAUUGUAUCGAACAAUCGCGAAGUUCUCAAAGAUCCUAUAGGAACGCGGGUGUGGAGUGGUUGGAUCAUUCAAGGGUACAACUCAGCCUCCAUUGCUAUGGGCGCUCUCGGCAAGGAACUCUUCUCUUUAGGGAAGCCGGCGGGAUAUUGGAUCAUUCCGUUCGGAAUCAUCAUUGGGUUGUUCGCGCCGCUACCGUUCUGGGGCGUAUGGAAACUUUCUCGACCAGGGAGUCGAUUGUCAAUGACUAUGGAGUACAUCAAUGUUCCUAUCGUGGCGCUAUACAUCGGCUGGCUUCCAUACUCCGUCAAUGGGCAAUGGUGGUCGUGCGUCGUCAUUGGAUUUGUGUCCCAAUGGUGGCUGCGGACACGGAAACCCAGGUGGUUCAUCAAGUACAACUACUUGCUUUCCGCAGCUUUAGACGGUGGCUCUCAAGUGAUCUUGUUCAUUCUCAGCUUCGCCGUAUUUGGCGCAGGCGGUAGGGCUGUUGCGUUCCCAUCCUGGUGGGGAAACCCUGAGAAUCUCUCCGUCGAUCGCUGUAAAUCUACGUAG